AACACAGUGAUUUAGCUGCUCCUACUGCUUUCAUAGCAAAUCCUGUUUCGCAGACGCUGUAAAGCUUUCAGUAUCAUCUCCGAGGAAUUAUUGUGGACUUCUGCAAGAUGCCACGCGGGAAAUCCCACCGUCGUGCACUCGCUGCUUCGCGCAGGGAGGCUGCGAAGAAGGCAGACACACAGAUGUUGGAGUAUCGCAGGGGGCUCCCCCCUGACUUUGUUGGAUGGGAGGGCACUGGGAUGCGCCACAGGGUUCGCAAAUGGCCUAUUUCUCCCCACACCAAUAGGCAGCACAAACUGGUCAUUCCAGCUGUUGCUCCUGGCAACAAGUUUGUUCUUGUGGUUGGAGACAGUCAUCUGCGUGCUUUCGCAGAUGACUUUGUGGCCAUCCCACCGGGAAUCCUCUCCUUUGGGUUCAUGUCUACUCCAGGCGCGUGUGCUGCUCAGCUGAGGACAGAGUUGGUGCAGGCUCCACUCCCGUGUGUUCCUGAUGUUGUCUGUGUCCUUGCUCCCAGCAAUAACCUCACCGCCAGCCGGACGUCUUGUGAGGCUGGGCAGGCCUUUCACGCCCUCCUCCGAAGUGCUUGUGAACUCUUUCCUGACGUGUUUGUCUUGGACUUUGUUCCACGUCUGACAGUUGCGCCUGACGUACAGGAAGCGUUUCGUCAUGAGUUCCACAGAGUGGCAGCAAGGAUAGGUCUCAAGUACUACUCCUAUUCUGACAAGUUCCCCCUGAACGAUCGCUCUCUGUGGAGCCGAGAUGGCAUCCACUUGAGUGACGACCACGGCAUGCUUGUCCUCACUGACGUGCUGUGGAAUGCUGCUUUGGAGCAUGUGCAGUCGUCAGCGGCUACCCAGCAGCAGCCUGCUGCUGUGCCGGCUCGUCCUGCAGUACCAUCUCCUCCUCGGGUCCGGCCACUUGUGGUUGUGCAUCAAGACGACCGUGUGCGUCGCCAGGAGAAACCUAAACCUCAUCCGGAUGUUGAUGGAUUCCUGCCAGUGGAGGGCAGGAAGAGGAAGACAUCAGGGGAAGCUUCCUCAGGUGUUUCCCAGAGGACGGCACAAGAGCAGGCACCUAUACGACUUCGCGAGUGUUUUAUCGCCCUGAAUCCUGUACGGUUUAGUGAGUCCAUGUUGGCCAGGAUGGACGUGCUUGUGCCGUCCCAUCUGCCUGGCCAUGAGGGUCUUCCUGGUCCACAAGCCAAGAGGGCCCGAUCGGGACCUCGGCCACAGCGAGUUGCCUCACAGAGGAGAUCUGCUAAACGCCAGGAGUCGGCACCCACCCGCCCGGUUUACGAGUUGGCAGAGAUGUCCCCUGACACGCCUGCUGCCUCAGAGGACCAGGUUCAGGAGCUGGCACCUUCCCUGCUGACAGAGUUGCCAGAGAUGUCUGCUGGCCAGCCUGCUGAUGUGCGUGACAACCAGGACCAGGCAGCGCCUGCCUUGGUGUACGCUAUCCCCAGGACAACACCUGCCACCGCUGAGGUUGACAAGCACCUCUGUGACGGCAAGACACACGCUGCUCCUCCACCUGUGAUCCGUGCUGCUGCUGCUGGGCCCUCUACAGGUCACGUGAGCAAUGACAGUGUCUUUUCUAUUGUUGAAGGGUCAUUUCAUCAGGGUGCUGAAUUCCUUGGUAGCAACAGAAACAAGCAGUGUGCCACAAACAGUAUUUCAGCCAUGAUGACACAUGUUAAAAAGAGCUUGCUAAUCUGGGAUAAAGAUGAUGUCGACGACAUUUUGUUUGAGGGUAAUGACAUGUACAGUUACAUGUUGCAGCAUAAUAUGAUAA